AUGGCUAUUUACAGUGGCUCUUACGGUUUUACGGGUUGUGUGCGGCAAAUACUCAUUGACGGGCAACUGAAAGCAGUCGAAUCAAAUUUACAAAGUGACUGUGAAAAUAAAUGCGAUACACAUGCAUGUCAGCAAGAAAGUCGAUGCAUCGAGGAAUUCACUCUCGGAACCGUCAUUUGCGUAUGCAAAAACGAAAUUUUGCAUUCUGGAGAUUUGUGUCAGAAUAGUAUCAACUACGGCACCGAAGUUAGUUUCCACGAUGCGAAGCGAGCAUUCUUGAAAAUCCAGAAUCCAGCGAUUGAAAAUGCUAUGAUGCAACGAAUUUUAUUCAGUUUUCGUACAGAUCGACGUGAUGCUCUGCUUUUUUAUCUACACGAUCAACUUUAUAACUUCGUCCAAGUUCAUCUAUCCGAACACUGCCGCGUGAUUCUUACACUGAACUUCAAUCGAACUGUACGUCGAUGUGAAGUUGUUGCAAAAUGGAUUCAAGUCAUGAUAUUCCAGUGGCCCGAUCGAAUUGAGUUGAACGUGGAUGAUGAGAUUUGUCAGAUCACCGGCCAUAGAAUUCUUUCACCCGAAUUCAUCAAGAAAUUUGAUAUUUCAUCGGACAUUGAUGAUGUUGUUGAGCCUCCGGUCUCACCAUUAGGAGUGGAAAAUUCUGAACAAACGCGUGACUACGUUCUGGUUUUUGCCGGUGGAGUACCGACAGCAAAUUACUUCGGCAGUUUGGAUCCUAUCUAUCAGAGCAAUGUACCGAAUUUACUUGGUUGUCUACGUGGGUUGAUGCUUGGAACGCAGUUACUUGAUAUGCGUAACAGAUCCUUUUGGUCACAUUAUCAAACCGAAACAGAUAUGAUUAUUGCUGGAUGUGAAACAGGCUGCCAUAAGAUUGAAAAUCUGUGCAAAAAUGGUGGUCAUUGCGCAGUGCAGUGGACAAAAAGUUAUAUUAUAGAUGAGGCCAGUUGCAACUGUGCCCGAACUUCGUAUUAUGGCGAAUUUUGCGAUCAAGAUAGUGGUGCUUACUUUAUGGGCAAAACAUUGCUAGUAUUUAAUGCUGGUGAAAUUUUCGAAAAAGUAAUAUAUGAUUGGAGCCAGAUUGGCGAGCAUACUUUCAAUUUUGCAUUUUCCACUACCGCAGAUUGGGAUAUUUCAAAGUCACAGGUUCUGGCCACUGUACAUUUUGAAUUCAACAGGAUAAUGGAAAUUGUUCUGUGCAAAAAUGGCUCACUGAAUGUUGGAAUAACGUCCACAGAUACCUCGUACGUUUUUACGUUCCCAUACAACUACAAUGAUGGUUACCGACACUUUUUCCAGUCGACGUUUCGCAGCCGAAAACCACUGAAAAUUGCGAUAGAUUCGUGGGAGCAUGUUUUUCCAAAUGAAAUAGUCACAGGCCUAUCGCUUGCGUUUGCGACUAAAUUUAUCUUCGGUGGCCCGGUGAUGGCCUACGAUUUCGAACAGGAACCAGUUAGUAAGAAGAUGACACAUCACAAUUAUACUGGCUGUCUGUCCAAUAUUGAAAUUGAUAUGAACGUCGCACGAAUGCAUUUCAAGCCGAUCCUGUAUCUGCGAAAACCAACCUUGGAAUUUGCUCAGUCAGCAUUUAUCGUUGGUGAUACUCCACAGUUCGGAGCUUGUAAUGCUUUUUUGAUACCAGGAAGCAUACCAUGUGAUGGUGCAGGGCAUGAACAUCUGCCGCUAAUUCCUGAUGAUAAAACAUCGGAAAUUAUCAAGUCAACGGAUCCACCGUACAAAAUCAAGGAUGAGUACAUUUUACCGGAACCAGAUCACCAUCUCGGCAAGAAUCAAGCCUUUGGUGCUCCAUUAUCCGCUGGUGUGCAUCCAGUCACUUCAUAUGAUGGAAAAAAUUCAGGAUUCGUAGCCGGUCAACAGAAAUCAGCGCCUCAAGAUUACAGAGUACGUCCCUAA